GUUCCCUUCUGCGUUAGGACCUCAAACCCCCUGGUGCUAGAGAAAUCAAAAGAAAGAAUCUUCCCCUCAGUGCUUGAAUUGUGUUGUUAGAAUUGGUGUUUAAGCUGCAUUUCUGUGAGAAAUAACAAAAGUUCCAGAUGAGAGACCAAAAUAGCAUUCUUGGCAUGAAUGGCAAGUAAUGCGCCCUUCUAGAACAGGGUAGACGAAUUUAAAAACUUCAGAUAAUGUCUCAUGAUUAACAGAAAAGGGAUUUUCACCUAAAAGUACGUCAGCCUUAAACUAAACCGUAAUGGGUACAUUUUGAGUGCAUUAUCUCUGAAUGUUCAUAGUGACUUUGGACUUCACUCACUCAUUCAUUUUUCUACUGCAAUAAUAGUUAAAGCUUAUAUCACAGCACAACCGAGGGAAGGAGUCAGUUUUCCCAAAAGAACCCGGAGUGUCAUUCCCAGCAUAUAUCUUAUCGGACGAUUAACUUGACAGAAAUGAGCCCCUGGACAACCUACUUUAGACGGAAGAUGAAGGGUGCAUAUGCACACACUUGGUUAGACUACACCAAGUGUGUGGGAGUGCUGGUCAAAGUAUCAUGGCUGCCCUGUUACUCUGAGCUCUCCAUCCCUGGUUGGCUCACAAAGCAUUUUCUUGAUCAUGUCAGGAUGGCAGGAGAGGCCUAACUUCAGUGCCAAUCUUUCACAGCUGCAGCAGGUCUAAGAUCCCAUGGCUGGAAGUUAUGGUGUGAUGGGUGAUGAUGGUUCUAUGGAUUACACAGUCCACGAAGCCUGGAAUGAAGCCACCAAUGUGUACUUGAUAGUGAUCCUUGUUAGCUUUGGUCUCUUCAUGUAUGCCAAGAGGAAUAAAAGGAAAAUUAUGAGAAUCUUUAGUGUGCCACCUUCAGAAGAAACCUUGUCAGAGCCCAAUUUUUAUGACACAAUGAGCAAAAUUCGCUUAAGACAACAGUUGGAAAUGCAUUCCAUUUCAAGAAAGUAUGAGUACCAACAACCACAGAGCCAAGCUGACAGCGUGCAGCUCUCGUUGGAAUGAAACUUCAGACUCAGCACCUGAAGUGACAGUGAAGCAGUGUGGCAGCAAGUUCCUAAUCCCCUCCCUCAAUCAUGACCAAAGGCAUUUAAUAAACUUGUCACUUCAGGUCAUCCCACCACACCAACCACACCCCCCCACCCCUGCCUCGGUUUUCUUUUGCUUCUUCUAGGGCUUGCUGCAUAAGUACAAAAACGCUUAGAAGGAAGAUGCUCUGUGAUUAGAGAUGAGGGCCUUCUCUUUUCAGGAUCUUUGAUGUCUUCAGGAUACAUCAAAAAAUAUAAACAUGUCUUUGGAAGCAAGAACCCUAUAGUUAAUGUCACUGAUUAGAAUAUUUUCAGAGUUAAAUAUGAAAUUCUAGCUAUUUGAGGUGGUUUGCUGUUAGGUUGUGCUCUGUGAUGAUGAGUUUAACAUCAGUAACAGACUGAUUUGUGUUGCUUUCACUAUCGUUACUGGCUCUGAGUUGGUGACCUUUGCUUCACAACUUGUGUGACACACCACUGAAUUUGUAUUCUCUUCUCCAUCAUGAAGCAUGGCCGGUCUGCUGGUUGUAGAUGCGUUCUGUAACUGGGUUUGCUUCCCUUUGAUUGUAUCCCCAAAAACUUGUUAUUUUGUUUCUGAUCGCAAAGUCCCCUUGCCUCCAUAGGGCUCUUUGAGGCCAUGCUGUUAGACAAAGAGACAUCUGUCUUGCUGUUGGCAACUUACUUUCCCAUGUUUCUGUCACUGUUGAAAGUUAUUGUCUGGUGUCUUCUGCAUUUUAAAGCUUUGUUGAAGACCUA